AAACAAUCAGGAGGAGACACAGCGAAGAGAGGCAGAGGGCGAGGAUAGACGAAGAGAAGAGAGAGAGAAAGAGAGAGAUGCGAGGAUAGACUGGAGACGUACUGACGCUGCUAAACACUUCACAGUUUUCCCGACGACGCGCAAAUGGAGGAGAUGUGCGAGAUGGAGUGCCCGCUGCUCAAAAGGCUCCUAAAGGACGACGGAGGGGCGGCCAAGGUGCUGAUUUUGGAUUGCCGCUCGUUCCUCGCGUACAGCGCUGGCCAUAUCCGAGGUGCCGUGAACGCGCGGUGCAACACGAUCGUGCGACGCCGGGCCAAGGGUUCCGUGCUGAGUCUGGACCAGGUGCUGGCCGGGGACGACGAGGCGCGCGCUCGGCUCCGCUCCGGGAUGUACUCGGCUGCAGUGCUGUACGACGAGAGGACGCCCGAUCUGGACGCGGUGAAAGAGGACAGCACGGUGACGCUCGUGUUCAACGCGCUGUGCAGGGAUUCCGCGGGCACGCUCGUCUACCUGCUAAAAGGUGGUUACGACAGGUUUUUCACAGAGUACCCCGAAUACUGCCUGACAACCAAAUCCUUACAUUCACUCACCAGUCAGUCGAGCGUGGACUCUGCUUGUUCAUCGUGUGGGACGCCGCAACAUGACCAGGGAGGUCCGGUGGAAAUCCUCCCAUUCCUGUACCUCGGCAGCGCCCUUCACGCCUCAAAAAAGGAGGUUCUAGAUGGCAUCGGAAUCUCAGCCCUGCUCAACGUGUCGGCCGACUGCCCCAACCACUUCGAGGGGACCUACCAGUACAAGUGCAUCCCCGUGGAGGAUAACCACAAGGAGGACAUCAGCUGCUGGUUCUUGGAGGCCAUAGAGUUCAUAGACUCAGUGCGGGACUCCAGCGGGCGCGUGCUGGUCCACUGCCAGGCCGGCAUCUCCCGCUCAGCCACCAUCUGCCUGGCCUACCUUAUGAAGAGGAAGCGCGUGCGUCUGGAUGAAGCCUUUGAGUUUGUGCGCAGGCGUCGCAGCAUCAUCUCCCCCAACUUCAGCUUCAUGGGCCAGCUCCUGCAGUUCGAAUCCCAGCUCCUAGCCACCUCCUGUGCCGCCGAGGCCGCUGCCACCGCCAGCCCCCUGCUAGCACCCAAGUCCGCCGCCAACCCUUCCGCCACAGCCACGCCUACUUCGCCUUUCAUCUUCAGCUUUCCCGUCUCAGUGGUCAACCCCGUCUACUUGCACCACAAUCCAAUCACAACAUCUCCCGGCUGCUGAUGGCUGGACGGACAUUUUGCUCACAGCUGGGACAAUACGGACAAAGCUGAGCACACACACUGGGCUGUGAUUGGCUGAGAGAGCUGUCAGUCUUGUAAUGCUGACAGCUACAUGCUUCCAAAAAGGUGGGAGAGUUUGCGUCACGGUGCCUAAAUGACAACCAUAGACAGUAGAGGAGUACCGGGCAGGGGUGUCUGCUCUCCCACUAGCUAUUUAAGUCCAAAACUGAUCACUGGCAGCUAACAUACUGCUACUAACAUGAGUAGGUUUUUCAUUUUUUUAGUUUUUAGUUUUUUGCUUCAUUUUACAAGUGCAUUAGUAUCAUAAGCUAGCUAAAUUACCAGCUAAAUGCAUAACUUUUUCCCAUAUUUGGUGGUAUAUAUUUACAAAAAACUGGAAUAUUGUCAUGCAUACACGUUUUUUCUACUUAUGUUUUUAAUAGCCUUCUCAAGUAUUGCAGUUUUACCUGAGCGACAUCCUGGUCCACUAUGCUUCUACUGUCUAUGUUACAAAGACUUUUCAAUGGUACACAAACCAGCCAACGCUCCAUCCAUUUCACUAUUAUCACAAUAGACCAAAAAACAUCCCUGGAUUUUUUUUCCCAUUAUAUAUACACUUUUUUUCUUGAGUGGAGUGUUGGACUGAAGCUUUCUCCUUGAACCGGCACGCUACUUUAACACACACCUAUCUCUCUCUCAUUCAUGACGACCCAAAUGAAUAAGCUCAGUAUGAGUACGGGGCCUGUUGCUACGGAGACGACAGGAGAUGGACACAGGAAGGAAGGAGGGAUCUUAAGCACCCCCCCCCCACCCCCGACCCACUCUUACUCUCCGUCUCUUCCUUCCUUCAUUGGGUGACAAAAUAGGAUGGAGGGAGAGCAGUGACAGGUGCUUUGCUGGCUUCCUGUCUUUCUCUUCUCCCCCUCUCCCACACAUACACCUUCCGUUCAUGUUCUUUUCAUCCUUUUGUGAGCUGCCCCCUCUCCUCUUUUAUUCCUCCCCUCUCAUCUUUCGCUCUCUUCCGCCCCGAAUAGCAGAUAAAUAAAUCAUACCAGAUGCCAAAAAAGGCCACAAGCCGAGCGACUAGGAUGGAAGGUCCACAAUGGGGAACCAAAAUGAUCUAGAAGCACACUUGUUGGUUAUUUUUUAAGGAUUAUAAAUGAUGUGUUCUUUUUACACAUGGCAGUUUCCCAAAACACACAGGAUGUUGUUGCUUUCUUUCAGCAUAAGUGACUUUUUUCAAUCUGACAAAUUGCUUAGGGAAAUGUAUGGAGUCAAUGGCCUGGAUUGUGCACUACCACUGUUUUUUAAGAGGUUUGUGCCUUGUUCUUAAAGGUAUAACAUGGAUUUAAGCUCCUAUGGAUUGACUUUGGAGAAAAAGGAUAGUGCAAAAGUAUAAUGUUAAUUUAUUUAAUAUGAUGGUAAUAUAUAUUCUGUAAUUCAUAGCCUAUCCAUAUGUCAAAUGUAAUUCCAAAUAUUCAUUUUCAAACCUGCAACAUUUCAUGCAUUUUUUUUUAUUUUUUUUUUUACUGCAGAUGUACGGUAAUUGUUUUGAUACUUCUGGAAUCCGUGCAUACAGUUACUACAUAAUUGUUCCCAUAGAAUUAAAAUGACCAACCCUUAUGUAAGUUGUCACUUUGAAUCAGUGCAAUACAGGCUUACAAGGGUAGAUAGAUACUGUAACCCAUAUGCUACUGAGACUGAGAAACUGUUUGCAAUGUCAAUCUCCAAAGUCCACCCAUGGGUGCUUUUUCACCCAGUCCACCCAGUCAAACAUUCACAACCAUGUUACAAAGAAACUCCACUACUGCGUAAUGUUUUUGGACGGUUGUUGGCGGCACCUCUCUGUAGCACUUUGAAGUGAUGCAAUAUUGUAUUUAUAAUUUAUGAUUGAUUUGCACAUCAUGGUUGAAGAUAGGCUGACUAGAUGUGACCCAAUGGAAUAAUAAUGAACUUGUAGGAAAAAGAGAAGAGUCAGAAGAGAGUUAAUCAGUGGUAAAACGCAAUACUAAAUGUCUUUUGGUUUGUCCUAUGUCCACCUGAUCUGUUUGUCUGGUCAGUGCUGUUACGACAUCAUGGCAAUAUCAACUCUCCACUGGGACUUUUCAAAGACUCUCCCUCAGUUUUAUUGUAAAUGAAUGAUCUGUGCAUUUAUUUAUUACUAAGAAUACAAUGUUGAAUAAAAAAUGUUCUUAAUGAAAA